GGAGGUUUGGAGUUCCCAUUCGUGGAGGUAUUCAAGGAAUGACUGGAUGUGGCACCCAGUGCUCUGGUCUGGGAGACAAGGUGGGGAUCGGUCACAGGUUAGGCUCAAUGGUCUUGGAGGUCUUUUACAACCUGAGUGACUCUGGAAUUCUGCUGCACAGCUCCCAGAGGUGCCACUGCAGACACUGUUCUCAGAGAACUGGGACAUGCUGGUUCCUACCACCUCCAAGGCAAGAGAACUUUUGAAAAGGAUCGGAGGUUUUCUCUAAAUGCUUGGUGUUCAGAAUUCAAUAGAGUAUUUUGUUCUCAUGAGAGCUAACCCAGGACAUCAGAAGAUGCAACAUGCUGGUACAAGCAUCUGGUAUCUGCUCGUGGCUAUCAGGGGGGUUAGUUCCCUUGGCUAUUUUGUGAAAUAGAAAGUGAAGUGGGAAGACUUAAAAAUUGCAAUAUGUGUCUCUUUUGGGUGAUUGUGUGCUGUGAGAAUAGGGCAGGAUCUUUAAAGAGACCUCAGCACUGGGUAUGUACACUUGCAAACUAUAUAUAACCAUUUCUUCUUACCAGAGAAUCAAAAGGAAAAAAAAAGGUUUGAGAAAGGCAGAGUAGGUGCCUCAGCUAUUUUACUUCUUCCCUGUAUGCAGGUAAAUGGUCAAGCUCUCCCUGAGCCCUCUGUUUGCUUAACAACUAAAAAGAAAGCACUUCAUGUCACUCCAAAGAGUAAAUAUCUGAAGUUAUGGAUUAACUAAGUUCCAGCAGAGCUCAUGGAGGAGGAACAGAUCACGCUGAUUCCCACUGAAUAAAGUAGUAAGUGCUUCAAAAGUAUGGUGACUUCUGCUGCAGGAUGUGGAAGCUCCUCACCGUAGGGCUGCUGCUGGCUGCCUGCUCUUCACGGAGCUGCGGCACCUCAAUAUUUUACAACAGUAAAGAGGCAAAUCAAGUCCUGAGACUCCAGAAGCGGGCAAACACUUUCUUGGAGGAGCUUAAGCCAGGCUCUUUGGAGCGUGAGUGUGUUGAAGAGCACUGUGACUUUGAGGAGGCCAGUGAGAUAUUUGAAACCAAGGAAGCAACACUAGAUUUUUGGAGCAAGUAUGUAGAUGGAGAUCAGUGUGAGAAACAACCUUGUUCCAACGGGAUCUGCAAGGACAAUAUUGGAAAAUUUUCCUGCAUCUGUAACAAAGGCUGGGAGGGCGUUUUGUGCAGUUAUGAGGCCAAAUACAGCAACUGUUCCUUGGAUAACGGGGGCUGUGAACAUUUCUGCAGGGAGGACCCUGCCGAGCAGCAGCGCUUGUGCAGCUGUGCAUCGGGGUAUCAGCUCAGGGAUGACCACACCACCUGUGAGCCUGUAGUGGAGUUCCCCUGUGGAAGAGUGAAGUCGGACUACAUUGAAGCCAAAGCAGACUUCAAUAUUCGGCUCAUUGAUGGAACAGUUGGAAGAAGGGGAGGCAGCCCUUGGCAGAUUAUGCUGCAAAAUACCGAAGGGAUGUUUCUGUGUGGGGGUGUUCUCAUCCAUCCAGCUUGGGUCCUAACAGCAGCACACUGCCUUGAGGAACACAAGAGGUUCAGAAUUAAACUUGGUAAAUUCCGUUUCCGUUCUGAGGCAGACGAGCAAACCAUUUGGGUUGAUAAAUGGGUGAUCCAUGAAAAUUACACCAAGAAGACCUCAGAUAAUGACAUAGCCAUGCUGCACUUGGCGGAGCACGUGAUGUAUUACAAAUACGCGCUGCCAAUCUGCCUUCCCACCCGCAACCUGGCAGAGCAGGAGCUGAUGAGGAGUGGGAAGCAGGUGGUGGUGACGGGCUGGGGCAGCAAGAGCGAGCACAACAACAGCUACGCUGCUUUCCUCAGGUACAUCGAAAUCCCCAUCGUGCCCCGCAACGAGUGCGCCCAGGUGAUGAGCUCCCACAUCUCUGACAACAUGCUGUGUGCUGGGAGCCUGGGAGACAGGAAAGAUUCCUGCAGGGGGGACAGCGGAGGCCCGAUGUUCACUAGAUACAAGGAUACUUGGUUUUUGGUAGGACUGGUGAGCUGGGGUGAAGGCUGUGGAAGAAGGGGGAAAUUUGGAGUCUACACCAAAGUUAGUCAGUACCUGGAGUGGAUUCAUCACCACAUAGAUAUGUCAGCUCCUUUGAAGGGUUGAUUCUGAUCCAGAGUCUGAAAUGUGGCUCUGUGCUAGUGACAGUAUGCAAUAUAAUGUACUGACAGAUCUUCAGUAUUAAAUAUUAUGUGUUAACCUUGUGUGCUGUCUUCAUUGUUAUCUAUUUUUUCCUCGUUUUUUUUUUUCCUCCUUCUCAUUAGUUUGUUGCAGGUUAUGUUGUUUAUUUGUGGUAUGGUCCUACUUUGGCCUUACAGGCAAGAAAAUAUCCUGUUAGCUGAGAUGCUGUACAUAUAGCACUGUAGAAAAUAAGGUUGUCCAUGGUCAGACAACUCAUCUUUGAAAUAAAAAUGGCAAUUGUG